AUGAAACGUGGCAGAGAUUUAGAUGACGAAGUGGGGAAGACGGUAGUCGCAACCAUUUGCGACCAGGGAGGACCAAGUAUGGCUGCCUACGCACUGGCGACCAUGGUCGCCUCGACCUGGCCGCGGCGGCCAGUGAAUUCUGGACUUUAUAUGGCCAUCGCUAUAGCCCCUACGCACUUAGCGGCCACCGUUGGCCGCGGCGUC